AUUAAUUCUGAAAACGUCAAAUGAAGCCUCUCUGACUCGCGAGGCGCCGCGGGAAGCUUACCCGCGGAGCCGAAGUUCGAAACGACCAAACAAACCGAAUACCGUUUUAUACGUUUGUGUCCUCAAGUGUCGUAUAUAACCAACAUUUAGCGUGUAAUGAGUAACAGUCUCUCCUUACUUUGCUAAACUCCCAGCCUGUUUCAUUAUGGAGAUGUUGAUGUUAGUGCUGGUGGUGGCCUUGUCCGUCGCCCUACCUUUGGCUUUCGUGAGUUGCUGCAUGCUCUACACGUUCUUCAGGCAGCAAUUUUAUCAUGACGACACCAGGGCAGUUCCAGCAGCCAGUGGCAAUCAUUGCGUGGUGGACGUGAGUACUUCGGAGGGGUCUUCAUACAGCAAGAAAAUUCUCUUUUCCGACGACUAUUACAGGCAGCAGCGUCUGAGCGAGCAAAAGGGCCUCCCGGCUAAGGAGAGCUUGGGGCAAAGGUUGGAUUCCCAGAGCCUGGGCGCUGCGCUCGAUAGUGUCCGGCAGGUGAGCGCCCGAUUGCAUCACCUUCAGCAGCAGAGAUCGGCAAAAAUCGAGAGGCCUCAGGAAAGGAGCAGCCACAUGAAAACUAAGGACUUCCGACCUACUAGGAUCCAAGCCUCAGUCGUUCUGGAUCCACUCGCUUUACCUCGAUGUUCCCUUCCUCUGAAUGUCCACAGGGAAUUGACAGUCUAGCGGCAGGAUUAAUCAUCUUCCUAUCUUUACUCUGUAUUACAAA